AUGGUAGUUCGCCCACCCGGCCCGCCGCUCCCCAAUCAGACGGUUCCUUCCGAAAGCCGCCUGGGCGGCACCAUAGAGUCCGCCGGCGGGCGCUGCCUCUUCCGGGCGCCACCCGUUAUUUCCGGUUCCGGCGCCGUUUCGCUUCGGCUCCUGAUCGGGGACCCGGCCGGGCUGGCGCGUGCGGGAGAAGGAGCUAGGAGGGAGCGCGGCGGCGCACCAGGCAGCGCGGGCGAGAGCGACAGUGAGACCGGAGGGCGCGGAACGCAGGGGGGGGGGGGCCGGGGGCGGAACGCGGGGGCGCAGACCCCAGCCUCACCCAAAGCGAUUUUGACCUCUCACCUAUCUUCCCCCCCCCGCCCCCCCAGGGAUGAACACAGCACUGACCCCUACCACAGCGGGUAUGAGAUGCCCUACAGCGGGGCGACCGCCGGCCCUACCUACGGGCCCCCCCAGCCCUGGGCGCAUCCCGAUAUGCACGUCAUGCAGCAGCACCAUCUCCUGCCCAUCCAAGCCAGCAGACUGGGCAACAUCGCGGAGGUGGACGUGGGCAUGGCCCCGCCUGUCAUGAAGAGCUUCAAGGAGUUCCUGCUGUCCCUGGACGACUCGGUGGACGAGACAGAGGCCGUCAAGCGUUACAACGACUACAAGCUGGAUUUCCGGCGCCAGCAGAUGCAGGAUUUCUUCCUGGCGCACAAGGACGAGGAGUGGUUUCGCUCCAAGUACCACCCGGACGAAGCGGGGAGGAGGAAGCAGGAGGCUCACGGCGCCCUGCAGAACCGGCUCCGAGUCUUUCUCUACCUCAUGGACAAUGGCUGGUUCGAGAACUUGCAGCUGGAUAUCGACAAGGCCACCGCGAUCGUGAAGAUGCUGGACGCUGCCGUUAUCAAGAUGGAGGGGGGCACAGAGAAUGACCUGAAGAUCCUGGAUCAGGAGGAAGAGGAGGAGAGGCAGGACAAGGCCGAGGCGGGGAAGAAGGACGAGGCCCGGCUGUCCGACGCCGAGCGCAAGGGCUCGGACAAAGAGGACAAGAAAGAGGAAGGCAAACAGGCUGACAGCGACGAGCCGGUGGAGGAGAAAGCCAAGAAGUCCGAGGAGGAGGAAGAGGAGAAGCCGGAGAAGGAGGAAGAAGCAGAGAAAGAGGCCAAAAAGGCCAGCAAGAAGCGCAAGCGGAAGCGCAGCGGGGACGACAGCUACGACGAGGGGAGCGUCUCCGAGUCCGAAAGCGAGUCCGAGAGCGGCCGGGCCGAGGGCAAGGAGGAGGAGAAGCCCAAGGAGGAGAAGGCGGCGAAGGAGGAAGAGGAAGAGGCGGCGGCAGCGACGAACGGGGAGUGCAAACGCGCCCCCUCCAAGACCUGCUCCCUCUUCAUGCGCAACAUCGCCCCACAUCUCCCAGGCGAGAUCGUGGCGCUCUGCAAGCGCUACCCCGGUUCAUGCGUGUGGCCCUGUCGACCCCCAGCCGAGAGGAGUAGGUUUUUCCGCAGGGGCUGUGACUUUCAACGGAGCGUGAACAUCAAGGAGAUUUGGGAGCUGCAGACAAUCCGGCUGCGGGAGUGCGAGCUGAGCCCUGGCGUGAACCGCGACCUGACCCGCCGCGUGCGCAACAUCAACGGGAUCACGCAGCACAAGCAGAUCGUCCGCAACGACAUCAAGCUGGCGGCCAAGCUCAUCCACACCCUGGACGACCGCACCCAGCUGUGGGGGGCGGGAGAGCCCCGCGAGGCCCCCCAGGUCUCGAGCCUGCCCUCCCAGAACCCCAUCCUGAAAAACAUCACGGACUAUCUGAUCGAGGAGGUGAGCGCCGAGGAGGAGGAGCUGCUGGGCAAGACCGGGGAGGCGGCCGACGAGCCCCCCAAGGAGGGGAACCCGGCCGAGAUCAACGUGGAGAGGGACGAGAAGCUCAUCAAGGUGCUGGACAGCUGCUGCCUCUACCUGACGGAUCGUGCACUCGUGGAUUUUACAACACCUCCGGAGAUAUCUCCACGGGACGCGAUGGCGAACCGCUGCGUCUCCCGACUCUGGGAGGGGAGCAGGGGCUUGGACCCCAAUGUCUUACACCUCUGCUCUUCCUUUCUUCCCCUUCUUCCAGGUCUCACCCCUGGGCUGCCCUACCCGCACCAGACACCUCAGGGGCUAAUGCCAUACGGACAGCCCCGCCCGCCUAUUAUGGGAUACGGUGGUGGCCCCCCCUACCCUCAUGCCCCCUACACCGCCGGCCGCGGUAACUACGACACCUUCCGGGGCCAGGGCGGCUACCUCAACAAACCGCGCAACAGGAUGGUCCGGGGCGACCCCCGCGCGAUCGUUGAGUACAGAGACCUGGAUGCCCCUGAAGACGUGGAUUUCUUCUGAGUGAAACGGCCCCGCCCCUCGUUUUAAGCCCCGCCCUUUCCCCCCCCAAACUGCUCCUCUCACCCCCCCCCCAUUUUUUUAUAUGAGUCUCCGCCACUGAAUUCCCCACCUCACCCCACGGCCGACUGUUUGUACAUUUCACCUUGUCCGUCCCUACGCGAUUUCAAUAAACACCUGGAUGGGAAAGCCA